UCUACUCAUGGGAGAUUGGGUUUGGAAUAAGAUACGGGUCGUCAAGAAUGAACCCUGCAAAGAGCAAAGUCAGGCAGGACAUAACAUGUGGCUGUGAGGGAAAGCCUAGGCACUCAAACUCACGAUCUGUUUGCUGCGGCUGCCGAGCUAUGAUUCGUUUGCACCGGACAGAUGACCAUGGAUGGUACAUUCAUGAGUUCAGAAGGGAUCAUAAUCAUGGGCUGGCAGUGAACAGCGGCCAGAAGAUGCAAUUUUCUUUGCAUAGGAACAUCGACCCACACACAAAGGACCUUGUGAGAAACCUCAGGGACAAUAACGUCGGCCUGACCAAGACCUUCAGCGUAAUCGGCGGCUUCUUCGGAUCAAUGGAAAAUAUCCCGUUCAACAAGCGAUCACUAAGGACGCUCUGUGCGAGUAUCAGUAGGGACCAUUCGGAGGAUGACAUCAGGAAAACGUAUGAAGUGCUGUCAGAAAUGAAGAUGAAGGACCCCAACUUCCGAGACAGCUGCUUGGUAGACUCUGAAGGGAGGAUCAGAGCACUCAUGUGGACAAACGGCAAGAGCCGCAUGCAGUACCAGCUGUUUUGGGGAUGCUAUAACUUUCGACACAACAUACCGCACAAACCAGUAUGACAUGCCAUUUGGACUGUUUGUGGGUGUCAAUAACCACUUUCAGAGUAUAAUUCUAGGCGGUGUUUUGUUGACCAACGAGAAGACGGAGACAUUUGAGUGGGUGUUCAAGGAAUUCGUCUCUCUUAUGGGAGGGAAACCACCCGUCACUAUUC